UCAUCACUUAAUUAAUCAACAUUUUUUCUUAUUCAUUUCUUUAAUCCAAAUCCCUCUUCUCUCCCCUCUCAUCUCCAUCCUCAGAACCACCAAAAUCUCUCGAUCUUGAUCAACAGUCACCUCGACCUCGGCGUCAUGGUGGCUUUUUACCGGCAGGAUGACCCCCUGUAUGGGCUCAUGCACAUGUUCGAAGGCGUGGAGGACUUGUUCUUUCAUCCCUCAGUUGUCGGCUCCGGCGGCGGCGCCGCCUUGCCGACGGAAUCCGGUGGCAACGCGCAGGCGCAGCUUCUGUACAACACCGCGGUGCUCAAGGAGAAGGUCAAGCAAGUGCAGUCCCUCGUCAGCCUCGUCGUCGAGCCGGAGAACCUUCACGACGGAGCCACCGCCUGCGGGGGCCUCGCCAUGGUGGCCUCCGACGCGCGCGACCUGGUUCAAGAAAUCGUCGACGCCGCCUCCUCCAUCCUGCACGCGUUUCAGCACUUGGAGGCUGCCUUGCCGCCGGAGCCCUCCAAGAACGAGGUGGUAUCGUCGCCGCCGGCGAUGGCUGGGGCUGCGGCCGCCGCUGCCCCUGAGAACUAUACUUGCUCUAAUGCGACUCUGGAAACUCUAAUCUUCGAGUCCAUGGAAGACGGCGGCGAGGAGAAGGCGGCGUGGGAGAUAGUGGAGGUGGAGGCGGCGGACUUGCUGGCCAAGUACACGCACUACUGCCACAUCUGCGGGAAGGGGUUCAAGCGCGAGGCGAACCUGAGGAUGCACAUGAGGGCGCACGGCGACGAGUACAAGAGCCACGCGGCGCUGUCCAACCCGGCCAAGGAGCCACCGCCGUCUCCGGCCGCGGCGGCUGGAGCAGGACAGAUGAUAAAGUACUCUUGCCCGCAGGAAGGUUGCCGGUGGAACCGGAAGCACGCCAAGUUCCAGCCGCUGAAGUCGAUGAUCUGCGUGAAGAACCACUACAAGCGGAGCCACUGCCCGAAGAUGUACGUCUGCAACCGGUGCAACUGCAAGCAGUUCGCCGUGCUGUCGGACCUGCGCACGCACGAGAAGCACUGCGGCGACCUCAAGUGGAUGUGCUCCUGCGGCACCAGCUUCUCCCGCAAGGACAAGCUCAUGGGCCACGUCGCCCUCUUCGCCGGCCACACCCCCGCCGGCAACUGCUUCACCAAGUGAUCACUUCUGCAAUCUCCGGUCGACCAGUGGAAAAGCAUGCACAAGUAAUAAUUAGGGUUUCUCUGUAUUUCUAUUUCUGAACAGUUCAAGUUGAUGGUGUUUUGAUUAAUUAACCCUGCAAAAAGAAUAAAGGAAUUAUAAGCACUCUCUAAGCCGCUCAUAAAAUGCGGAUCAGAAGAUGGGUCAUAAUGAUGGAGAGCGAUGACUCCACAUGUAAAAUAAGUAGGAGUCAUCACUCUUCACCAAUAAUGGACAGUGGCCCAUCCUCUGAUUCACAUUUUGCGGAUUAGAGGAUCCGUACUCAUCUUUAAGAACCCUUUCCCCUUCUUUCAACUAACACAUUUUGUAUACAUCUUUCUUAAUAUGAGUGGAGUGUGGUUAAAUUAAAUUUAAGCUGAUGUAAAAAUAAUAAUUAUAAAUUAAAUCGAGACGAUUGAAUGAAGUAAAGACAUCAU